AUCAAAUUCUGUUCCGUCUGGAGGAUCGAAAUCAUUUCUGACGCAAGACACGCCCACUAACUGUCACAUGACUCCAGCCGCUCUUCCCAGAGAAAACAUGGCGUCGGUUUCUGAAAUGUAUGAUGUCGGCUGGGAAGAGAUGCGAGACAAGCUACGCAAAUGGAGAGAGGAUAACUGCAGAAACAGUGAACAAAUAGUGGAUGUUGGUGAAGAGCUCAUUGGUGAACAUUCAUCUAAACUGGGGGAUGACAUAUGGAUUAUUUAUGAGCAGGUGAUGAUUGCAGCGUUGGACUGCAGUCGGGAUGACUUGGCUGUGACCUGUCUACAAGAACUGAGGAAGCAGUUUCCAGAUAGCCACAGAGUGAAGCGAUUGUCGGGCAUGAGACUGGAAUCUUUGGAAAGGUAUGAUGAGGCCAACAAGCACUAUGAUGCUAUUCUUCAAGAUGACCCCACAAAUACGGCUGCAAGAAAACGGAAGAUCUCGAUAUUGAAGGCCCAGGGAAAGAGCCCUGAAGCUAUCCGGGAGCUCAAUGAAUAUUUAGAACAGUUUGUUGGGGACCAAGAAGCAUGGCAUGAGUUGUCAGAACUCUACAUAAAUGAACAUGACUAUGGAAAAGCUGCAUUUUGUCUUGAGGAGCUGAUGAUGACCAAUCCUCACAAUCACUUGUAUUGUGAACAGUACGCUGAGGUGAAGUACACCCAGGGAGGCUUGGAAAACCUGGAGCUGUCCAGAAAGUAUUUUGCCCAAGCUUUGAGGCUGAACAACAGGAACAUGAGAGCAUUGUUUGGUCUGUAUAUGUCUGCAAGUCACAUAGCUGCCAGCCCGAAGAUUAGUGCCAAGAUGAAAAAGGACAACAUAAAGUAUGCUGCCUGGGCUGCCAAUCAAAUAAAUAGAGCUUAUAAGUUGGCUGGUCGGGGGUCCAAGGAGAACAAGUGUUCUGUAAAGGCUGUGGAGGAGAUGUUGGAAUCAAUGCAGAUAACCAUGUCGUAGAUAUCUUCCACCAAGACCUACUUUCCUCUACCCGUUGAUGACUAUACACUCUUGGAGCCAUUGCCAGAUCAAAUAGCCCUAUGUCUUGAAAUGAAACUUAACAUAGGUUUGUCUUGCUUUGUGCCCUUUCAAGUUCAAGUCUGGUAAUUGGCUGAAAUUGAUGUGGACAGUAGCAGAAAUGACAACACUUGUCCUCCAAUCUGGUAUUCUGUGGCACCAUUUCCAAGUAGUCUAACUUGAUUUAAUAUGUUUAACAUUUAGUUGUCCUUACCUAAAAGGCUGCAACAUUGUACACGAGAAAGGCGGUAAGGUGUUUGUUAAAUGCUAAUAAUCGAGGCCAUUUGAUCUGGCUACACUGAUUCAGCUCUAAGAAAACUUGCCUUUUCGCUAAAUCAAGCAAAAUGUCUCAAUAAAAGUUAUACUGCUUACAUUUUC